AUGGUUCAAAUCGACGCUCUCAUCUUCAACGAGAUCCCCAAGGGCAAGCCCGUCCCCGGCCAGACGCUCAAGAAGGUUCAGCAGGAGCUCGACCUUGAUGCCUCCCUCCAGGAUGGCGAGAUCCUCGUAAAGACCACCGCCCUUUCUCUUGACCCGUACCAGAGGGGCCGCAUGCGCCCAGAGGAGGUCGAGUCCUACGUCCCCGCCUUCAAGCUUGGCCAGCCCAUCGACAACUUUGGCGUCGGCGAGGUCGUCAAGUCGUCGAACAGCAACUUCCAGAAGGGCCAGCGCGUCUACGGCUACCUCAAGUUCCAGACUUACCAGGUCGUCUCGAAGGAAGCGGCUGCCGGUCUUCGCGUCCUCGAGAACAAGGAGGGUCUUCCCUGGACGAACUGGGUCGGCGCAGCCGGCAUGCCCGGCCAGACUGCGUGGUACGCCAUCGAGAAGCUCAGCGGCCUGAAGAAGGGCGAGUCCGUCUUCAUUUCGGGCGCGAUGGGUCCCGUCGGCCAGCUCGCCAUCGCUCUCGCGCACAAGAUUGGCGCCAAGGUCGUCGCGUCCGCUGGCAGCAAGGAGAAGUGCGACUUCCUCAAGAACGAGCUCAAGGUCGAGCGCGUCUUCAACUACAAGGAGGAAGACCCGAACCAGGUCCUUGCCGCGUGGAACAAGGAGCAGGGCAAGCCGUUCGAGGUCUACAUCGACAACGUUGCUGGACCGCAGCUCGAGGCGGCGCUCAACCACAUCGGCAGGCGCGGUCGCAUCGUCGCUAUCGGCGCCAUCAACGACUACAACGGCGAGCCCUACGGCAUCAAGAACAUCUUCUACGUCGUCGGCAAAGAGCUUCGCUACGAGGGCUUCAUCAUUCUCAACCGCAUGACUCCCGAGCUCUUCAAGGAGUUCUACUCCGAGAUCCCCCCUGCGCUCGCGAGCGGUGAGUUCGCCAAGCCCAAGGAGCACAUCUUCCACGGCCUCGACAACGGCGAGGCGUUCGCUUCCCUCUUCGACAGCCAGAACAGCAACUUCGGCAAGGCUGUCAUCUCGCUCGAGUAG